AUGAAUGGUUCUGUUCUAACAGUUAAAAACAUUGAUAUCGAUUUCCACCUACCAUUAUCCCAUAGCCAACGCUCGUACCAACUCAUAGAACUUUCCAAUGGCCUCCGCACCCUAGUGAUCAAUGAUAAGAGCAGUGAGCUCUUCUCAGCAGCCAUGGUGGUGGGAAGUGGGUCUGCUAAUGAUCCUAACGAUGCUUUGGGACUUGCACAUUUAUGUGAGCAUAUGCUAUUCUUGGGCACUAAAACUUCACCUGUGCCUAACCAGCUUGACCUGAUAGUUUCUUCAGCUGGUGGAUUCACUAACGCAUAUACUACUAUGCAACAGACAUGUUACCACUUGGAACUUUCUUCUUUUGCCAAAGUAAGAGAUGAAAGAGCUUUUAUCAUCGAUAGCGUACUUGAAAUCUUUGCUUCUCUCUUCAAGUGCCCCCUUUUCAAAGAAAAGUACAUCAAAGGAGAGAUCAAGGCGGUUGAUGAAGAGCAUAGGGGUAAUACAAAUGACAUUGAUAAGAUAUUAUUUCAUGCAUUGAGAUCUUUAGCUUCGCCAAAUCAUGUAUUUCGACGGUUUGGAACGGGAAAUAAGGAGACACUCAGCAGACUAAGCACUAAGAAGCUACAAAGGUACCUUCGGGCAUAUUUCCAGCGAUUCUAUAUUGCUCGUAAGAUGGUCCUAGUUAUAAAGGGUCCCCAAUCUGUGAAUCAUCUAAAGAAAUUGGCCAUGACCUACUUUUCCGAUAUUCCAAAGACCUCCCUUGAGCAUACAAGAUUAUCUGGUUCUUCCGUAUCAGAUCACGACAUUUACUUCAGCCCACAGCUCUACGGAUACUUGGAUACGCCAUUAUUCCAACAGGAAUACAACGCUGUUCUUUUGAAAGUGCCAAAUAAUUCAAGGGUUAGACUAUGCUACCCGUUAAAGGAGAUAACGGGACUACAAAGCUACCAUCGGAUAAAGAACUUAGUUUGCAACCUCUUGGGUGAUGAGUCUCCCAAGUCAUUUUGUGAAUACCUCAAGAGAAAACGGCAGUGGGCAACAAUGAUCAUGGUUUUUGUCCAGAAUACCAUCUUUUCUGAUGAUAUCCUCGUUGUCGACAUUCUGUUGACUCCUUCUGGCUUGAAGAAUCUUCCUCAGCUUGUGGAUACCCUUCAUUACUACAUAAAUUAUACCAUAAUCAGGGGAGCGUAUCAGGAUCUAGAGAAAAUUAUUCGUGAUUUAACAAUCUUAGAGGAUAGUCUUUUUCGUAACCGUGAGACAGAAGGAUCAUUUGUUGACGAGAUAUGUGGUUACGCCGAAACCUUAGAGAAGGGAGGAUUUGAUCUCAGAGACUUAGUUAGGGGUUACGGAGACUGGGAUCCAGGCAAGAGCAGUAUUAUGAUAGUCCAAGAGCUUCAAAAAGCUGCAAAUCAGUGCUUUACCGAGGAAAAUUUGAAGAUUGUCAUUUCCAGCGAAGACCUAUGGCCUGUAAAUCUCUUCACUACAGAAAAGGGGGCAUAUCAGCCAAUGGUUGACCAUUAUUUCCAAUACGAGUUCAUUCUGGUACUCAAUAAUGAUCAAAUGACAUUUUUUAACCCUGAUUUGAGCUUGAACUUCGAACUCCCAAACAUUCCAACCCCUUUAAAGGAGCUGAUGAACGGCAAAAGGACGAGUAAGCAGUCUAGUGUCGGUUUUGUUAGAGGGGUUGAGACGGCUGCUGAACAUCCCCAACUCAAAUUCUUCAACAGCUGUCUCGAGGUGUGGACGACAAAUAAUGCAAUCUGUGGAGCCGUACUGACACACAUCACUUUCAAUAUCCAGUUUAGAGACAUUGAAAGCACCCCUGAGAACCUCGUUGGUAUCGAGCUACUUGCAGAGCUAAUGGGAGAGGAGCUUAAGUAUGAACUAUAUCACUAUGAGCUUGUUGGGACUUUCUGGGGUGUUUUUGCUAACACCAAUGGUCUCCCUUCGAUACUUGUAUCAGUAUCAGGCAUGAAAGAUGAAGUAGUAACCGUUUUCAAAACUAUCAUGAACUGCUUUCGACUGCUUAGAACGGCUGAAGAUGAAGUACCGUAUCAGAAGUUCAAGAAAGCAAGGGUGAAUACUAGAAAGAGAACGGAGGAAAUACUUAACCUGUCCGGAACUAGAAAAGUAUUUUCAGCAGCAUAUCUUGUGCUUGAAGAAGGUCUCAUACCACCAGAAGAUAAGAUUGAUGCAUUAGAAAUCAUCGACACAAAAUUUAUCAAAGAAAUGUCAAAAGACGUCCUUUGUACUGGGCCGUACGGCCAGCUUCUAAUGGAUGGUGACUUUACAGACCACGAGUCAUUCAUACUAACCGAGGAGGCAAAACUCGAUAAUGGAGGUGCUGAAAGUUACGAUUUUCUUGCAAAGAAAAGCAGCAAAACCAGCCAUAUACUACCUGAAGGUAGGAAUUUCUUGUUCCCCAUGCAUGGAGCAGAAGACGACACAGCCAAUACUUUGUUAUACUACAUUCAAUUAGGAGAUCGGAGUGAUACAGAGCUUUACACCUGGGGCAAAUUAUUCGAACACUUAUUAUCCUAUACUGCUUUGGAUGAGCUUCGAACAAGGAGAAGGCUCGCAUACUUGGUCUUCACUGGCAUGAAAUUCUUUCGAAACAGUUUUGGAAUUCACAUUACCAUACCCAGCGGUGAACACGAAUGUGACACUUUAUCUGGCGAGGUCGAGAGGUACUUAGGGAUCCUUCAAAAGAACUUACAGAAACUCACCGAGAAGGAAUUUCAAGAAGAUAUUGUUGAACCCUUCACACAAACGAUAUCGCAAACACCUACUCAAGUCAAAACCCCUUCAGGAUUGUUUAUCUCUCUUCAGCCUUUGCAAGGCUCCGGUGACAAACCCGAUAGCGGGGAAUUCAUGAGCCACUGGAGCCACAUGGACCAGAUAAUCAAUGGCACCUACCGAUUUGGAGGGACUGAAUGUGAGGAGCCAAUCGAUAAAACUUUCCUCGAGACGCUCACAUUAAAGGAGUUCCUAAGAUAUUUCCAGACAUACAUUUCCGUGGAUUCUGCUCAGCGGUCCAGUCUUAUCAUUGCCAAUGCUGCAGGGACCCAGCUGUACGAAGCCAAAAAAUCGCAGUUUGCAGCCAUUAUCUUCAGCCAACUACAGGACCAAGGCAUGAACAUUACCCAAGUGCAAGUAAGCAAUCUCCUUGAAAAAUGUAAAGAUCAGGAGGAUUUCACUGAUAUUUCAAUGCAGCUUAAAAAGUAUUUCAAAGAGACAAAGCAAGGCACAAAACUCAUGAGGUUGGCUUUCAAGAAUUUUGCAGGUUCCAUGUUGCGAAGCGCAGCCUCCACAUUUUCCGUUCGGCCCCAGCUUCCGAAUUCCGAGAAAUAUAUCGUCUCCAAAAAGACGGAAAUCAACAAUUACAAAGCAAUCCAAGGGCUAUGCUAUGUGGGGUCGCGGAUAAGUUGGUACGAAAAAUUGCAGACCUUGGAGCAAUUGGCUCAUAGUGGAGAAGGCACUGCACAAUUUAUAUAA